AACUCAGACUUCUUGCCCGAUCUUCCUACCACGGAAAUGCACGUGGCAGUGGUGGAAACAGCCUUGGUGCUGCUGCUGAGCAUGGGGUGGACUUCAGACUCUCUCUGCUCACCCACCAUUUUUUAUAGAGACUGUUGGAUCCGUCGCUUUCCAGGUCUUCUGAUUGACCUGGAGGAGUCUCAGAAGCUGGGAGCUCAGUUCCUGAAGUAUUAUUCUGAAAGUACCGGCCAGAAAUGCAGCAGGAGCUGCUGCCUUAGGAAGGAUGUUUCCUGUAACGUGGCUGUCUUCUACCAUGAUCCCAUGCAUGACAAUGUCAACUGCCUCCAUAUUCACUGCCCCACACUGGAGAGUUGCAUAUUAGAGCCCGGAACCAGUGCCAUUUUAUACAACGUAACAGAAGGUAUAGAUCCAGAUUUGCUGGUUUUUGAACAAUCACGUCCCACAUAUCUAAAUACCCGUUCCUCAUCUAAUACACGGGACAGACUAAGGAUUUUAAAAGCUACGCAUUUAGAUGAACAACAAACCACAGUGAUAAACCAAAUGCUACCAUCACCAGAGAUGCCGUCAUCAACCACACAUCAAGAUUUGGUUGUCAACACAAACAGUACUAGGUAUUCCAAGGAAUUAACCACAGACUCUUGGGCAAAAUUCAUUUCCCUGAAUAACUCCAUUACCACAGAGGUAAAUAUGGGGUCACACAGCACUGAUUUCAUCAAUAAUCCAGAUAACAAGACUAUUUCUCCUUUCUUUGUUCCCAUAGACACAAAAGUUUUUCAUAGGCCUAUUCCAUCCCGACUCAACAGUAGCAAGCAAUUACUAAAUAAAACCAAGGGGUCCAACAGCAGAAACCACACAGCUGAGAAUGAAGACAUGACACCUGAUGGGUCAUCUGUGACUUCAAAGAUGUGGCUGGCUCCGGUGGCUCUCUGUACCUCUGUCAUCUUUCUUUGCUGUUGUAUGAUCAUCCUGGCAUCUGGAUGCUGGAGAAAGCAGCAGGGCCAGUAUAAGCCAGGGCAGAGAAAGUCAGGGUCCAGGCAUGUCGUAAAGGUAACACUCUAAAGAAGAACUCUUAAUAGUAAAAGUUACAAGGAGAUUUUAAGCUUUCAAGGGUAUCGUUUUUUAGUUUCUGUAAGACAAGGGCUGU